ACGGCUCGCGCUGACGAGUUUUUUGAGGGUAUCGCGAAUCAGCUCGUGACAGUCGUGCAGCCGCUGUCUUCAGAGCAUGCUAACGAUACUGGUCUAGGAACAGAUGGCACAGCUUUUGAGGAUGUUGCUGUGGGAGGCGUGACAUCAGCAGGAGGUAUGAGGGCGAGUGCGCUUCAGCGGAUCGAAGAUGAGGUGAUACCAGCCGCGCAGCUUCUCUCUCCGAAGUCAGCCCGCGCGAAGCAGGCGGACGAUCUCGCCGGUGUGGUGGACUCUGCUAUUACGACAUUCCAAGACAAGACGCAGACGGGACAAAUAGACGAGGCUCUAGCUGCCCUUGGAGUUUCCACGGGACAAGGGGCACUGCCGGAUACAGGUAUACUCCUCGGUGACACAGCUACUGGAGUAAACGCACUAGGCGAAGUUGGCGCAACUCUUGAGCAAAUAGCUUCCGGAGCAGACGAGACUGACAUGGUCAAAGAUACUAUUCUCGAUCCUUCGUCGAAGCAGGCAUCUUUGGGAGAAGAAAUGCGUUUUUCGCCUGAGGAACUCGCGGACCAGUUCUGCAGUAGCCUCGCGAUCAUGGAUACCAUCGAAACGCAGGAGAAGAUGGCAGACGACCUUGUUUUGAGACGAGCACAGGCGUACGAACAACAGUCAGACUUGGUAGGAACAGUGGCUAUGCAACAAACCAUGAUUCAGGAACACCAAACAGGGCAAGAAAAUAUUAUGCGGGACUUCCUGGAUGUCGCUGAAAAGACCAGACAACAUCAUUUGCAAGAGGUAUAGUAACUUGUUUGUUGUCAAACGAUUUUUGAGAAGAUCCUGAGCUUUGUCUUACUUUCACGCUUUCAGCAUAGCUGACUCAGACUGUUUGUCGAUCUAACAUGGAUGUUUUGCUCUGAUAUCCUCUUAAUGAUCUAUUGUGAUAAUGAGUCAAUCUCAAAGUUUCGUCACAAAUAACAACGUAUCAUUGAAAAUCUCAACACCAGUUGACUGAGGAGAUCCGAAUAGCCCAGGAGCAGACUGCCCAGAACGCGAUGGAACAACAGACGGUGCAAACUGCCCUGGAGCAAGAGAGGGGAGAGCUGAUGGAAAAGCAGCAACGACUUGAGGAAACGGAAAACCAGCGGAGAGACGAUUGGGAAAAGGAAAAGAAGCAAUGUUAUGAGCUUGGCGAUUAUUCAACGUUCAUCUUGGCGUUAUUUCUGUUUCACCAAUCAGUGAUGAUGGUGAUGCGGGGGAGUUGUUUACCUUUACUGUAACUUCGCGAAAAAAAAUCUACAGUCGAAGACCUCAACAUGUACAUCUGUGCUUAAAGUAGAUUAGUAGCCGUAGGGAAACGUCUUAGUACGCUUGUUUAUUUUGCUGUGCCAGUCUUUUUUCUAACAAUGGGAACAGGAGAAGGAGGCAUGGAAGAAAGAACGCCAAGAGACGAUGGAGAAAUGGGCCAUGGACACCGAGCAGCUGAAGAAGCAGCUGUCAGAGCAAGCAGCGGCUGCUUCGAACAUCUGGGGAACCGUAAGUACGCCAAAUGCCGCAUCGCAAUCAGCUGGAGCGGGAACCGGCAGUAAGAGGAGCAGUAAAGGAGGUAAAUAUCAUCUUUGAGUUUGAGAGGUGUUCUUCAUGAUAGCUUGCUUGCUGGUGCCAUAGGAUCAAUAUGAGUAUGGUAGGGUAAGACGAUUUGGUGAUGGUGACAGUGACUUGGAGUCUGUGAUUGUGCUUUAGAAAUUAAUAUAUAAAAUUAGAGUAAGUAAAAUAUCGGGUUUCGAGUUACUCGAGUUGCAACGAGUUGCUCGAGUUGCCGAAGCGAAGGGUUUCAAUUCUGGAACGAGUUGCCACGAGUUGCCGCAAGAUAUCCGCUUCACCGGAAUGCGGCGCAGCGGGGCGGUAUGGCCACGGUUUUGGCUGCGUGGAGUGACGAAGUGGCUGCUUUUGUUGUUGCUCUCUCACGAAGGGGGCAAUCGGUUGCGAAGGGCUCCCCAGCGAGCCCCCCCGGCUUUUUCUCUUGUAGCGUGUGGGCGCGCGUUUGAAGCGCCGGCAUUGAGGGGCCGACGGCUUCGCCUCGUUGUGGUUUUUGUUUGAGGGAGGAGAGUGUCGCUGUGGCUUGUCGUUGGGUCGGUGCCAAUCUCUCCCUUUUUUCUUCGGAUGUGUGCGCGGCCAAUGAGUCCCUUUUGGGGCUGGGAGUGGCAGUGAGUUCCCGUCUGCUCUGGAGAGCGGCCCACUCAGCCUAGGACGAAGUAAGUAGACUAGAGCACGCGGCGGAUGCCUUGCGUGUUUGAUCAAGUGGCUGGGAGGAGUUCCCGAGCUGAAGGUGGUUACUCACUCUCGUCUCUGGUGCGCAUUAAGAAGAAAACCAGGGAUCGGAGGCAUGGCGUCGAGUGUCGUACGCUCCUGCUAAGGUAUCUCGGAGCCUCAUAAAGCUGCGCCCGAAGGGCGCCGCGCAAAAAAUUACGGUGAGCAACUCGAGCAACCCGAGCAACCCAAGAAACUCGACCCGUGACGGGCCAAAAAAUUCCUAAUUCUAAUAUAGCAAUUGUUCGUGAUUUACAUUUAGCAUGAACUUGAACUUCACUUCUUCUAGAAUCUAGAUUUACAACGCAAUCACUGAAGCAGGCCUUCUCAUAUCCGACGAAGAUCUCGGAGAAUCACCGCUGAACUUGUGCUCGCCGAACGAAGCGCUAUCCUCGGAACGCCUCAAAUUAGUCAUGAAGCACUCCAAACACAAGAAGAUGAUCAAACAGAUCAUCCCAUCUAUGCCUGCUUCCGAGUUUACAUCGUCGCACGAUGGCCAUCCCAAGCUGGUACUGUUUGCUCCUUAUUAUACGACGCAAUAUUACCAUUUUGUUUUUGACUAGAUAUUGCCAGAUACAGUCUAUUGCCAAAAACCUAGAUGAUGGAAGCCCUCUUAAACACGUCGAGGAGACCCUUCUAAGUUUUUUACACUCAAGGAAACAAAGUCUAUCACCUCGCAUCCUCUUCAGCUUGCUGGAGACCUCCUUGUCGACGGCCACAGUCGUCCGAAUAGCUCGCGCAGCAUGCUUAGCAGUUCCAGCACAGGAGCGAAUCUCGAGUCGCUUGAAAAUGACAACUUUUCGAAGUUCAUCUCGGUUCUGUCAGCAAAGCUAGACGAGGAGGCGGAGAGCCGACGUCGCAUCGAGGAUGAGCUCUACGACAUCCAGAAGUCUGCCCUCGAACAACGCGUGAAAGCGAAGCUAAAGGAGUUGAAAGCGGUCAAGCACUUGCGCAGUCCAAGGUGGGUAGAGAAGAAGAUGAAAUCGAUCCGAGUGCAGGCGGAGUCACUUCAGAAAGACAUCGAGAAGCAGAGGGAGGAGAGCCAACAGAUUCAUGCACAGCGGAAGAUGCAGUUCAGCGACAUUGAAAAGCAAAUGCAGCAACUGUCACAGAGCAGCAUACGAGUGCCAAAGGCAGGCAGGCUAGUGGGCGCGCCAGGAGGAGCCCACCAGCUCCUCCCAGGUGCGGGUGGACACGUGCUCGGCAGUCCCACCGGAGCGGUCGGACUCUCUUCAAGUGUCACGGGUCUUACUGGUGCUGAAGCAGGAGCACCGGUUUUCGCCGGCGAGACGUCAUCAUCAACGAGCAGCAGCAAAGCCAGUGUCGUGGCUGCACCUGCUCGAGUGGCUGAGCAAUCUAGCACGAACAGGGCAUCCGCAGGAAAGACUGUGAGUGGACGUGCUGUUGGUCUCAUGGGCAAGUUGAAUUUGGACUUCAUGGACAAGAGCCAGUCGUCGUCCAGCAGCCAUGAAGUAUCGAGCAGUGAGGACAGUGCGAAACUGAAAUCAGUUGUCGCAAGAGCAAACGAGGACAUAGCGGAGCACAAACUUGAAGAGCAAGAGGCCAAGCAAGCAGCAGACCUGCUUGAUCGUGCACUUGGCGGGCUUUCCGCAUCGCCGCUGAGCACGCCACCGAAUUUCUCUUCGGAAGAGAUCGCGCAAGCAAGCGAUAAAGACAAGUCUGCCGAAGAGAAGUCGGCGAAGGUACCUAGAACAAGAGCAGAAGAUUGCUAUACCUAUGUCUAGCUAUUGCUUAUCAUUCAUGAUUAGCUUAGAGUUACAUGAUCAGAUUGAGCGGCACAAAGACUAGUGCUGCUUCGCUCGUACUCAGUAGACAGUCUGUUGAACAUGUCCAUGCACAUGAUCAAUCAAGCUGAUAUUGAUGUAAAUCAUUGAUUUGUCAAACUCAAAGUUUUUUCCCACAGGUUCUAGAGCCACCAGCAUUGGCGGAAAAGGCUGUGGAUAAAGCAAGUAGCCGAGCCGAGGAGUCCGAGAUCGCUGAGGAGAUCUACUCUGACGAGUUUACGGCAUCCGACGACAACAAAUCAUCUGUUGGCUCCCUCGGAGACGCGAUGAAGAAAUCCAAGGCUUCGUUAGCUCCAGCUGGUAAAGAUGAGCAGGAAGAGGUGUAUAGCGGAGUUGCCGUCGUUGCGUCGCCUGUUGUAAAGGAGUCGUCUACUUCUCCUCCAUUAGAAAUUAUUGUAGGAGUGGAUACGGAAGACGAAACUUCUAAGAAGGAAAUUGGAACAACCACUCCUCCUGAAAAGAAGAAGACGUCCGAUGUGCCGAUCCUCCAGCCUCUUGAGUCUUCCGAAAGAGGUGGCAGUCCUGUAUCAGGUCUGGUUCCAUCGGAGCAUCUGAGCAGCGUUCUGGACGAGGCUGAGGACGUCGAAUUGCAGUACAACGUGGUGACUCGGGCAACAGGAGCAGGGUCUUCGCCAGAUAUCGAGCUAACUGCGAAAAAAGAGGUAAAGUUGAAGUCUCCUAGUAGCAGUGAGAAGUCUUCAGACAUGAAGAAUAAGGUACAGGAGGAUAAUGCGGGUAGUACGUUAUUUGGAAGCAAGCAGAGAUCUCCAUCUCCUGUUGCAUCUUUGUCGUCACCGGUCGACCAGGAAGCUGAAGUAGCCCCAUCUUCGCCACAAGAAGUUGGAGACCCCUUUAAGACGGAUUUUGCGAGCAAGUCAUCGACCGGGUUGGAAUUCGCGCCAGCGCAGCCUUUGCCCGUAUCCUCGGCGAAUGCGACUUCAAGUGCAGCGUCGGGGACAUCCGAUGUGAAAUCGUCCGAACUCGGAAAAGUCGCGCCGUCGGACGUCUUCUUCGGGCCUGGCGCAAGGUCGAGGCAGGCCUCUCCUGUUAGCGAAGACGAGUUCUCGAUCAAGGACCUAGAUGUGAGCGCAGGUUACGACCUCGAAGUGAAUGCAGAUCUUUGGGUCGAAGUGGAUUCGCCGAUAAAGUCCGUCCUUGGCGAAAGCGUCGAGCAAGUGGAUGCAUUGGUCAGAUCACGCAGUUCAUCGUCGAGCAAGAAGCACUUAACUGGCUUAGAUGCUGGCAAUGUCGUUCCCGAGGCUGUUGUAGUCGAUGACGUCAUCGUGGCAUCUGUUCUUCCCGAGGCAAGCAUGGGACUUGAUGGCGAAGGGAUUGAACCUCAGAUAGAUGCUGUAGAACGGCCACCGGCUAGUCUUGGAAAACCGUUCGGAAAGAAGACGGAAGAACUGCAAGUCGUGAUGGAAGAUGACGUGCAGCAAAUUGGAAUGGACGUGCACCAACCGGUGCCGUCCAGAGAAACCCGGACACUGCGCGAAAUGCUCGGGCUUACAGGUGAAAGCUCGUCGUCAAACGAGGACGGGACGAAGGGUGAAGAUGAAAGGAUUGAUCGUGCAGCGGGUGAGUUGGUCUUAAAGCCACGCGGAAGCGCAUUGGAGCCUGCGGAUCAUGAUGACAGCCACAGCCUUGUGGAGCCAUCAAAGAGAACCGAAGAAGACGACGUGGAGAUCAAGCCCCCACCAAUAUCACCGACGCAGCGAUCGCAAGAACUACAAGAGCACGUUGAGAAUCGCGUUGCAGCUUGUGUUGAUGACAUCGUUUGCGACCUGUGUGAGCAAGUUUGGAGCGAAGUUGAGCACGAUCGAUCCGCCGUCACGCCUCAGCAACUCCAGUCUGAGUACGGGAUCAAUGUUGCCUGCGGCAGCGGUUCGUCGCCUUACUUCGGUGGCAUGUCAUCGCUCCAAUUGCGGGAUGCGGUACUCAGCGAUUUCGGCAAGGGAGCGACGACAUCUUCUAUGAUGAUCGCUGCGGAUCCCGUGUCCCUGCGAACUUCGACAGGUACCGGGAGCUACCCACAUCAGGACGACGGGGAACUCCCACAAACCGGAAAUUUAGAGCAGUACAGAACGCGAAAUGGCAAGAUGUUCAAAAAAGGCGAGGUGCGCUCAAUGGUGUGCGACUUCAUGGAUCUGAUUCGACGAGUGGUCGAGGACCUACUUGUCGAACAGGGUCGCGAAAUUGAUACCGAGGAAGCCGAGGGACCUAGUGUAGCACUUCUAAACGGCGCGGCAGGUCGAGAAACAGCAACAGCUCCUACCGGCGCUACCAAAAAAAGUGAUCCAUUAUGGCGGCGCAUGCCUAACGAUUUUUUCACUCUCUUCACAAGCAACAGCGCUUUAUACCAACGCUUGAUGACGUUCUGCACCAAGAUGAAAGAGGAAAACUCGCCUGCCUUCGAUGUGUCCCAUUUGGAGAAAUACCUCGACUUGCUCGUGGACGCCCUCUAUGAGCUCUUGCAAGAUAAGGAAUUCGUCCAAGCGCGCCUUCUCGACGCCGUUCCCUCCGAUAGAUGGAAAACCGGCCUCGGCGUUUCGCCAAUAUACACGUUGAAAAUGCGCAAUGCCGGGGAUGACAAAAACCGACCCACAUAUCGACAGAUUGCGGGACUACUUUUAUGCUUCAUGAUGAUCCAUCCUUCAGCCCCUUCAGCUGUAUUUGUUAUUGAUCAUUCGUUGUCGUUCCUGUUUCUUUCAAUAUUUUUGAGAUUGAGUCCUCUCCUGUUGCUAUUUUUUAUCCUGUGCACUCACACUCUUGUUCGUCCAUCAUGAUAUCGUACCGGUUUCUAGAAGAACCACAACUUAGGAAUCCACUCAUCGCUAGUGUCGACAUGAGUCUCUACAACUAGUCGUCGACCAACCCAAUCAAAAAGAUAUGUAAGAACAGCUCCAGUGGCUAAAGAAAAAAGAUUAUUCAUCUAAUUCAUGGUGAUGAGUGUUUAAAGUACAUCAAGCCGAAGAAGCUUGUUGAGGGUAUGGCAGACACACCGGAGGAUCCUGAAGCGUUGAUCGAAGCCAGUUUUCCAAUGUCUGAGGAGCAGUUGGAUGCCCUUCUCGGUGUAGAGUUGCGCGAUGAGGAGAAGGCCUGGCUCAAAGUAGACGAGGAGCUGCUCGAGGUGAAAAAUCAGUUAGCCGACUCCAUUCUCGACAUUACGGAAGGAGGCAUGUGCUGCAUUUUUCGUAGAAUAUUUUUCUUACAACUGCUCGCACUCGCUCACGGUUGUAGAGAGAGUUCUUUCUCAUGUCAGACGUCGAAGGAAUGUUAUUUUGAUUGAGUUAUUUGGGAUUGCGUAGAAUCGUUUAAACAAAAACCUCGGGAGCCGCGCACACCUCUAACGCAUCCCUCCUCGGUGAAACGGUAUUCGACCUCGUGAACUUGUUCCAAGGACCAGAAGACCUUUUGCAUCCAUAUGUUGACGCACCGGCUGCAGACUCGCUUAGUAUUUCAAGACUGAAUAUCCAAUAGCAAUAGGGAUCUGGUGCGAAAAUUUGGCGCGACUCUUGGAGGUCAAAAUGGGAAAUGGCGAUUGGAGACGCAACGGGUAAAAGAAGGCUGGUAAUCGGGAAUUGGGGAUCAUAGGAAUAGUUAGAGUUAUAAAUAUAUAGUGUUGAAGUUGAUGUUUUGCCUUUAUAAAUUUUCAAUGCGUGUCAUGAUGGAUCUGCAUGAUUUCUUAUUUCAGUGUAUUAGGAUUGCUAGUGUUGUAGUUGGGUUUUUUUUAUGUUCGCUUCUAGUUCGAUAAAGCGGGUACAAUAAGGGAGACACACGUCCAGAAACCGUGAAGCCGGGAGAUAUCCAUCCUGCUGGGAGCGAUUCAGGAUAUUCACAGAAUCAAAUGAACUCAUAACCAUAAGUACCUAGGUGCGACAAGGAUGACUGACUUCUUCUCUGUAUCUAUCCAGAACAAAAAUUAUUAAUGUUUCGACAGUCAACUACCUGUAAACUAUGUUUUGGAUUGUUGAUAUCUUCAGCAGCCCUGGGCUUGAUCUUGGAGACGACUAUGAGACGUGGCACAGUUCCUAAAAGAUUCAUAAUUAUUCCUAUUGUCUUUUGGGUAUUGUAUGAUUUAAUAAGAAUAUUGAGAUUAGUUACGAAAUCGACUUCUAUGAUCGAUGAAGUAUGUCUCAUCUCGAGUUCUUCGUCCUACCGUGUAUUUACUAGGUCCAGUUAGUCAUAUUGAAUUCCCCUACCGGUGAAAUAUAUUUUUUGGCAUGUACUAUGACACUGACAAGAAUGACCAUUUCCAGUAGGUAGUCGUGCGUUCUUCAUUGUGUUGUGCGGCGAACCACCAAGAAAGACACUCACAUAAGUCAUCUAUCACCAGACGCAGAAAGUUCGCUCUUACACUUGAUAUUAUUAUUGUAGAUGUAUCCAUCGCUACGAGGCAUGAUCAUCGCCCUGCUCAUGAUUGAUGUGCAGUUUCGUUCCGAUUCAUUUUGUCUCUGUGGAGUUGUUUCCAACUAUAGGCUUACACCUCACUAUCAUGUUGGCGGGCGGACUGCCCUAAGUCCUCUUGAUUUUUCACAAUUUUGAGAGCAAAGUCUUCCGGGAAUUUUGGUGAAGACCUCUGAGUCUGACUAAUAUGUAUAUUUAAAAAGGGGAGAGCAAGAUCAUAUGGCUCCUUCAUCGCAUGAUGAUUUUUCGUUUGAAAGCGCU